AUGGACGCUCUUGCAGGCUACGGCUCUGAAGACAGCGACAUCGGCGAGCAGCCUUCGCCCCAGCUGGUCAAGUCGAAGACAGCAACGACCACCGAGCCUCUGGACUACGAUCCCACCGACGCUUUUGGACUGGGCAGUCUCAAGCCUGAGCAAGCAUCGACAUCACAACAAGCGCUACAGGCAUCUCCCGAAGCACCUCCUUCCUCAUCACGGCCGUCGAAGAAGUCAAAGAGGAACAGCAAUGCCGCAGCACCGUCGGCACCGGCUUCAACAUCCAACCCUUCCGGCCCUUCUUCCGCAUCUUCGUCCACUUCGACCGCAGUCGCGCUCGCGCCGCAAGUGAUCGACAACUCUUCCGCCGCCGAAGCUCUCCUCUUGCGACCCGGCGACAACACCAUGCACGUCAACAUCUCCUAUGCCGACAUGACAGCGCCCCAAUUGGGCCCGGAGAAUCCUUUUGCAACGCGCACCCUCGGCGCCCAACAAAACACUCUCACCGGCCACAUCGAGUCCGCCGCAGUCUCCGAUUUCGACUUCCGCAAUCAACAGCGUACCUUUCACGUCUAUGGGUAUGCGAAGGAUCCGUCUUUGCUGCACCAGUCUGCGGAGGGCUCUUCGUCGUACGUCGGUGAUCAGUAUGCAGCAUCGCGUUUCGGAGGCGCCUCGGCAGCCGAGAUUCGCGCGAGCAACGGUAGCAAGGCGCACAGGAAGAAGCGAAAUCCCAAAGCAGGCGAUGCAGGCAUUCUCGAUGGCGAUGGCGCCUACGUCGGUCCGUGGGCGAAACGCGCCGAAGACGACGACAUUGCAACGCAGCUCUUGGGGCAGGAUGCCACCGUGGGUCCAUCCCAAGCCGAACUCACCGCUGCGCAAGCUAAAUCCGACGCGCGCGAGAAAGACGCCCUCCUCGCCGCCCAAGCUCGCAAGACCACCUCCGAAACCGAAAAGAUCACCGAAACCUCGAUCCUGCACGCCAAGAGCAUGUACGACUACCAAGGACGAACGUACAUGCACGUGCCUACGGACGUCGAUGUCAAUCUGUCCGGCGAGGCGGGCGAGCAGGAGUGCUUUUUGCCGAAAACGUGCAUCCACACGUUCAAGGGGCAUGGGAAAGGGGUGUCGACGCUCAAGGUCUUUCCGAAAUCGGGGCAUUUGUUGUUGAGCGCUUCGUUGGAUACGACGGUCAAGCUGUGGGAUGUGUAUCACGAAGGGCAGUGUUUGCGGACGUUCAUGGGGCAUGGGAAGGCGGUGAGGGAUGUGGCGUUUUCGAAUGAUGGAAGGCGGUUUUUGUCGGCGGGGUACGAUCGGGUGGUCAAGCUGUGGGAUACCGAGACGGGCGCUUGUCUGGAUAGCUUUUCCAACAGUGCCACGCCGUACUGCGUCACCUUCCACCCGGACGAGGAUAAGCAGCACAUCUUCCUCACAGGGAUGAGCGAUAAAAAGGUCCAUCAGUGGGAUAUCAACUCGCACACGAUCACGCAGGAGUACACGUCCCACCUCGGCGCCGUCAACAGCGUCACGUUUGUCGAUGGCAAUCGACGCUUUGUGACGACCUCGGACGACAAGACGAUGCGCGGGUGGGAUUACGACAUCCCUGUGGUGAUCAAGUACAUUGCGGAUCCGACGAUGCAUUCCAUGCCGGCGGUGACAUUGUCCCCGACGGGCAAGUGGUUAGCUGCGCAGAGCAUGGACAACCAGAUCCUGACGUUUGCAGCGGACGGCUUCAAGCAGAACCGGAAAAAGGUGUUCAAGGGUCAUAACGUUGCCGGGUUCGCGUGCCAGGUGGGGUUCAGUCCCGAUGGCAAGUUCGUUAGUAGUGGUGAUGGAGAGGGCAACGUGUGCUUUUGGGACUGGAAGACGACGAGAUUGUUGAAGAGGUUGAGGGGCGCGCAUAGGGAGGCGGUGAUCAGCUGCGCGUGGUUGCCGCACGAGACCAGCAAGGUCGUCACCGGCAGCUGGGAUGGUGAGAUCAAGUUGUGGGAUUGA